CAAGUUUAUUGCAGGAAGUGGUAUAUCUUGUGAGCCAAGGAGCUGAUCCUGAUGAAAUUGGAUUAAUGAACAUAGAUGAGCAGCUUCCAGUCUUAGAAUAUCCUCAACCUGGACUGGACAUUAUCAAGGAGCUGACCUCUCCUCGCCUGAUCAAAAGCCACCUGCCGUACCGCUUCUUGCCUUCCGACCUGCACAGCGGGGAAUCCAAGAUCAUAUACAUGGCUCGCAACCCCAAAGACCUGGUCGUAUCUUAUUACCAGUUUCACCGCUCCCUGCGAACUAUGAGCUACAGAGGGACGUUUCAGGAGUUCUGCCGGAGAUUUAUGAACGAUAAGUUGGGUUAUGGUUCAUGGUUCGAACAUGUCCAGGAAUUUUGGCAGCAUCAUAUGGAUUCCAAUGUGCUCUUCCUCAAAUAUGAAGAUAUGCAUAAGGAUCUUGCAACCAUGGUUGAACAACUAGCGAGGUUCUUGGGCAUCGCCUAUGACAAGGCACAGUUGGAAUCGAUGGUUGAGCAUUGCCACCAGCUCAUUGAUCAGUGCUGCAAUGCAGACGCCCUUUCUGUGGGCAGGGGACGAAUUGGGCUGUGGAAAGACAUCUUCACUGUCUCAAUGAAUGAAAAGUUUGAUUUAGUGUACAAGCAGAAGAUGGGAAAGUGUGACCUCACGUUUGAUUUCUAUUUAUAAAACAACCCAAUGAAAAUGCAUGUGUAUAAUAUAAAGAAUCUAGCUAGGAGUGCUUUCUGCAUUUAUUUAUUACUGGCUGGACAUAGUACCGUAUUUGUUAUGUGUAUCAUAUUAAAGAAUGAAGGGCACACUGCAUUGGGGUGUAACCUUGGCGAGGGCUGGGCUGGGCCGAAGGUCCACUUAGAUCAGUGUUUUCUUUGCAAGCUGGAUCAGCCGGAAGCUACUGGAUAGCUUUCCAGAGUUUUAAAAGCAGCAGGCAUGUAAGUCUAGUGCACUGUGUACGUUUAAUUUCUAAUCCAUUUAAUCUACCCAGAAAGCGACUGUUCCGGGGCAGCUGAAAAAUACAGUGGAUUCACAAAUAAAGAAUUCUAUAAUUUUAU